GCUGGUACUGUACGCUGGAACUAUUACGAAGUACUAAUAAUACCGCACCAACCAAUAGCCCCCAUCUAGCUAGCCAUCACAGCGCCAAAAGACUCCCACCUCAUCCUUCGUGCAUCCUCGUCAGCGCCAGUUUGUUUCUUCUUUCGUCUUCCUUCUGCCGCAGCUCUUCGGUAUUCCCUUUCAUCUUCCUUACUAUCGACAGCGAGCUAGCCCCUGCAGUUCAGCUCUCUGCUUGGCUGCCUUGUCCGUCUAUUGUUCUUGGGUAUACGCUACCAUUAGCAUAGAAAGAGACUGUGUUUGUACAGAACAAAGGAUUGAAUAGAAUUUCUUCGAUUGACUUCUUGAAUUACACACCGUACAUAUAUUCAAGCCAUGGCGAAAUUGACCAAGCAGACCACGUUUGUGAUUAUUGAAGAAAAGCCAAUCGGUCACGACGACAUCCAGAACAAUCCCUAUUGGGACAAGCCAACACCAACCGAGACAACUUCUGAUAAUGGCAAUGCCUAUUGGGACAUUCCUCGUCCCGAGACUACCGGUACGAGUCCUCCUUUGGCAGCCACCAACCAUAAUAACUCGAAUCCUUAUUGGCAAAUUCCAAUCAAUCAACAACAACAAGAUGAUGAGAUUGCUUCCGAUAUCAAUCCGCAAAACUCUACUUCUGGUACUUCCUCUUCUCCUGGUGGUACCACUUCUUCUUCUUCUACCAGUAGCAGUACAGACCCACCGGGAGAAGGUAUUUUGCAUUCGAUUCGUCGGUACGAUCAACUCCGUCAAGAGUUCCCCCAAGAGUUUAUUCCCCCGGAAGACGACAAUUCCAACGUAGAACUCUUUGAACUGCCACCCACAGACGACGCAACCGAAAUUGCCUUUUGUCAUUUGACGGCCAUUCUACCAUUUACCCAAAACGACCAAAAACCAUUUCAAAUUGCCCACGAAGAUGCCGCCGCCGUGGCAUUGGCCGUGCAAGACUUGAAUUCCGGCAAUGGCGUAGUUGUGCCAGAAGUGGAAGGGUUGAAUGAGCGUUGCAAUAUCCGCUUCACCACGGAAUGGUUCGACACAGAAUUUCAAGGAGGUGUCGCAUUGGCACGGGUCGUCGACGUCACCAGUCGCUCGACACAAAAACCAUGUGCCUUCUUGGGAGCCUACCGAUCGGCCGUCUCCAUGCCCAUGAGUAUCGUCACGGGAUUGUUUGGAUACCCACAAAUCAGUGCCGGUAGUACCAGUGCCGAUCUUGACGAUGCCUCGCAAUAUCCCCUCUUUGGAAGAACCAUUCCCAGUGAUGCCGGAAAUGCCAUUCCCAUCAUUAUAUACAUGCACACUGUAUU